AUGUUGAGUACUGCUACAACACAAACAUCAUCCACGGCUCAGCAAUAUUGCUCCGAUAAUGAAGAGUUGGAGAGAGCUCUUGUGAACGGAAAUGAAGCCUUUUCUCGAAAGGACUAUGAAUCAGCUCUACAAUUUUAUGAAAAGGCUCUCAUCAUUUAUAAUGAACAUGUAAAUAAUCAUCAGGGAGCUGCUCCUAUUGCUAGUCCUUCUUUUGUGGCAACAACAUUAUCAUCGAUUGUGUAUUACAAAGUGGGUUUGGCUUAUUUCUAUUUGGAACGAUCGGAAGAAGCUAUUCCAUUCUUUGAGAAGGCUAUUGAUCAUGAUCCAAAUGGAUACGCAAAUGCUUGUACAAUGUUGUUCAAUCUGUUAUGGAAAAUUAAUAGCUGUGUUCAAGCUAUUAUUACUGUUCAUGAUUUUCUAAAUCGAUUUCCAAAGAAAGAACAAGCCAUUCAACCAAUUUUAAACAAUUUGAAAAAUUCUAAAUAUUGGUAUAUGGACCCAAGAAUCCGAAUUGUGAAAUUGACAGAAGAUAAUUAUUGUGUGCAAGCUGUUGAUGAUAUUCCAGUGGAAGAGGUGAUUAAAAUUUUUGAUGAAAGCGGCCAGAGAGAUGAAGUUAAGGGCGUGACGAUAGUGAAAGAUUCUCUUCUAUGUACAGAUCAAUUUAUUACUGGAACCUGUACAAGCGAUGAAGAAACAAUGGUCACAAUAGGUAUUACCAUCAAACAUUUAAUUCAAAAUUUUAAGAAAUUUCAAAAUGUGCUUAGAGGAUUGCACCCAAGAAAGAUUGAACAAGCACCUACAAAGUUUGUGGAGGGAUGGAAGACUUUCUUUUUUGAGCAGUUGCAACUAGUAAAGCAAAAUCUUGGGGUGAAAGAGGAAUUUGAAGGUCUUACACUCGAGGAAAUCGAACAUUUAGAGAGCGAUCCACAAAGACUAGAGGAAGUUUUGAGAAUGACCAUGGUUAUCAAAUUGAACGGCUUUGUAGGUGGAGUGUACGGCCUGGCAUGCAUGUUUAAUCAUUCAUGCGAAGAGAAUUGUGAAAAGGUUGAUGAAAAGAUUGUAACCACUAAGAACAUCAAAAAGGGAGACUAUUUGUGUCUAAACUAUAUGGGCUUUGAUGACACAUUAGCAAAUAGAAGAAAAUACCUGUUAGAACACUUUGCCUUUGAGUGUGAGUGUCCACGAUGCAAAGAGAAAUUAUGGCUGGAGAAUCCUUAA